UCUUCCCUCCUCCUUCUCUUCUCUGGGGGAGUCUCAUUAUUUGGUCUACUGUCUCCUCGCAUUUCAAAAUUUCUGAUUUCCUGAACGCACCUCGACACACUCACGCACACACACAAACACCUAAUGCUACAGACGAUGCUCUUGUGUAAGUGACAGGUGGAUACUGGAGAUACGAGGGAGGGCGCCUGAGGACAGAGAAGAGAAGAGAAGAGAAGAGAAGAGAAGAGAAGAGAAGAGAAGAGAAGAGGAAGCAACACAAGAGAAGAAAAACACAGAGACAAGUUGUGAUACUUCAACGGUGGCAGUUUUUGGACUCAUGAUUGACGGAUGAAUGAUAUUACGGGAACCAUGGAGAGACACGUGAAUAUGUACAUGCAUUCACACCCGUAAACCUACAUAGACUCUGCAGAUGCUUUUGAAAAGCAUCAGGAGGAUGCAUGGCCUUUGCUUUGAAGGACAGUGGAGAUGGACACAUCAUUUCCUUCUUGUCAUCUGGCUUUCACUGAUGACAGCCACUCCACCCAAAGCACUUGGCUAUUUCCUGGGAGACACUAAGGCAGUAUUAAAUGGCUGUGAGGACCACUGGACCCUGCAGGACAGGGCCACCAUGCCGCUGCUCCUUCAGAUGACUUCAUGUGUUGACAUCCGUGUGGUGGUCCCCGGAGCUUGGGUGGCCUACUCUUACAGCUCGGUCCUGGCACCUGGACCUGAGCUGGGUCUGGAGGGAGAUGAUGAGGCACUGUAUGGGUGGCUGCUAAGGGUCCGACACAGAUUUCCUAUGCGGCUGUCCCCAACACACUGGCAUAGAGUGUGUCUGAGGAGGGACGUAUUGCGCAACUCCUUUAGCCUGGAGGUUGAUGGGAAAAUGGUGGCAGAGAGGACAGUCAUCGCUCGGGCCAUCCCCCCAAACGGCUCCCUGUGGCUGGGCUGCCGUCCCAGGGAUCGACCCCCCGGAGCCGUACUGGGGCAAGUGGAGUUGUAUCUGUUCCGCAUGUGGCCAGAUCUGGGCAACCAUGGCCUCUGUGAGGACGGCACUGUGAUUGGCUGGAAUGCUCAGUCCUGGGGCUUGACCAGUCCCAGGGCUGCACAGAGAGACCCAAACCUCCUGUGUGUUGACCGCAGACAGUUGAGGCGUGGGGCACGCGCUUACAGAAGCGUAACUGAUGCACUCCCAACUGGAUUUGAACGGUCAUUCUCACCUCUACUUGAAGUGCCUUCAACAACAACUACCACGAGUUCUGUCAUAGCUACACCUGUCACACACAUGAGCAACCAGACGUCUAAGGCCACAGUUUCAACACCCCCUGGUAGCACUACAGUCAACAGCAAUCAAACAGAGCCUCCAUUUGUCACACCAUCAGCCAAUCACAGCACGGGAAAAAAGCCAUCCAACUUCCAGAAUUCAUCUGUUACACCCUCAACAAAUGGGAUUCCACUAAGCAUACUGACUCCAGUCAACCAGACCACAGCUUCCAACACAGCUUUGCCUUUCACUGCUGUUCCUGUGUCUGGCGCCAGCUCGGCCUAUCAGAUGUCAGCCAGUACCCAGACUUCUCUAAUCACAUCUCUGCUUGUCAAAAAAACCACGCCUGGAAGAACACUCCCGUCGGGUUCCACAUUAGUAAAUUGUGACAUCAGCCAACUCUGUUCCAAUACCAAUGCUUACUUUUGGAUGUCCAUAAGUGUUGAGGCCCAAGGCGACAAUAAGACUGAGCAAGAUGUCCACAACUUGGUGUCAAAUGCAUUUAGUUGCCACAGUAAUGGAACACAUGGAGUAACAGGCUUUAUAGAUUUCUGUCAGGGUGACAGACAACUUCAGGCAGUACAGGUGAACUGCAGUGCAAAAAGUAACAUAAGACAAACAACCUGCAAUGUGCUGUUGCAGCUCAGCCACGCUGUCUCAGCGUGUGAACUGCAGCGCGUCGGAGUCUCUGCACUGCAGCAAGCUGGUGACCAAGUACAAGCCAGAAUCAUAGGAGAGGUGGAGAGAGUCGGUCGAGAUGUUUGUGGGGAUGUGGAGCCCUCCAGUGGCGGAUUUGUGAGGUGUACAUCCACAUCCUCCCUGGAAGAAAUCUGUCAGGCAAACAAUCACUCCAUGCUUACAUGCUCCCUCAUAGAGCCCGAUUCCAACCCAGCUCCACAACCUAAUACAGAAUCCUGCAGCAGUGAAGCGCCUCGCUUUUGUGACUGCACUGCUUUCUGUAAUUCUGCAAGCCAGUUUUUUGCCAUGAGAAUCAAUAUUAACAGUGCCUCUUUUAAUGUUAACUCCCUAAAAGUACUGCUGUCUGGACUUAGUGCAGCCCGUGCAUGUAACACAAUGUCAGGGUCAGUGUGCCAAGAUAUCUCAAAGGUCUACCAGCGUGCUCAUCUGGAAUGCCACGGGACACCACAGAGGUUGUACAGCUGCAUGGUGAUACUGGAGAUGUCUGGACCUGUCAAUGGUUGCGCCCUAAAUAUUCUUCUGCAACAAGUCAUUAACAACAGCAGUGGCAUAACAAGUGAAACGCCACUUACACGCAUGGUGGUUUGUGGUCCUCCUGGUUCGGCUGUCAGUACUUUAUUGAUGUCCAACCUGACGUGGGUUGCCAGUGACCUGUUGACCUCCGAUGUGUGCCAACCUGACCCCACUCUACUUAAAUGUGAGGCAAAUGAGAGCCUUGCUGUACUUCUGACUGACAGCUGCCCUCCGGAGCCUUCCACAACCAAGCAAAGCACGACGCAACCUUCCAAUCUGACCGACAGCACUACAACUCCUAAAGCCUUAAAACCAUCUGUGACCAACACUACGGUGGCUCAAAAUACUGCAACAGUUCAAAAGACAAAUGCCUCACAAGGAACAGCUCAGCCUAACAUGACUACUCCACUCACAACAAUUAACAGUACACAGUCCUCAACAGCACAGCCUGUCCUCCAAACCAGCUCACAAAACACGACUGUGACUGUCUCUAACAGUACAAUAGUACAAAACACAACUUAUUCUUCUCAUUCAUCUAAUAACACAACUUUGUUGACACCCACUGAAAAUACAAAACUGCAAAACACAACCGCAGCACACCAAAACACAACGGAAUUCACAACAUUAUCCUCUGUCAACUCAACACUACAAAUGGCUACUGCUCUUACUGUUUCAAAGCUUAACACAACUAUAUUGUCUCCAAAUCAAACAGCAGAGUACAACGUAACAACAGUCAGCACAGUUAUAUAUUCUAACAAUCACACAACAGUGUACAAUGUAACUACAGUUUCACCUUCAACCAAUCACACGACAGUGUACAAUGUAACUACAGUUCCAAAUUCAACCAAUCACACAACAUUGUACAAUGUAACUACAGUUCCAUCUAGAACCAAUCACACAACAGUGUACAAUGUAACUACAGUUCCACAUUCAACCAAUUACACAACAGCAUACAAUGUAACUACAAUUAGAUCUUCUCCAAAUGAUACAACCAUGUACAAUAUAACUAGGGUUGACACAGUUACACAUUCUGCCAAUCACACAACAAAGCACAACGUAAGUAUGGUUGAACCUUCUACAAAUGAUACUACAGCAUACAAUGUAACUACAGUCGGUACAUUUACACCUUCUACAAAUGAUACAACAUUGUACAAUGUAACUACAGUUCCACCUUCAACCAAUCACACAAAAGCGUACAACGUAACUACAAUUACACCUUCUCUGAAUGGCACAACAGCAUACAACGUAACUACACCCGGCAGAUUUACACCUUCUACCAAUCACACAACAGUGUACAAUGUAACUACACCCGGCAGAUUUACACCUUCUACCAAUCACACAACAGUGUACAAUGUAACUACAGUUCCACAUUCAACCAAUGACACAACAGCAUACAAUGUAACUACAGUCGGUGCAUUUACACCUUCUACAAAUAAUACAACAUUGUACAAUGUAACUACAGUUCCACCUUCAACCAAUCACACAAAAGUGUACAACGUAACUACAAUUACACCUUCUCUGAAUGUUCCACCUUCAACCAAUCACACAAAAGUGUACAAUGUAACUACUGUUCCACCUUCAACCAAUCACACAAAAGUGUACAACGUAACUACAAUUACACCUUCUCUGAAUGGCACAACAGCAUACAAUGUAACUUCAGCCGACAGAAACGGAAAAGAAAACAGUACAUUUACGACUAACACAACAGUUAGCACAUUUACGACUUCUCCCAAUCACACAGUAGUGUAUAAUGUAACUAUGGCGACCAAGAAUUACACAACACCCUCCAACAAUUACACAACAGAGUACAACAUAACCACAGCUGACAGCAAUAUGAACUUACACAAUGGUACAAUUACAACAAGUAACGCAACAAUAAGCACAUUUACAGCUUCACCCAAUCACACAAUGGUGAUCAAUGUCACUACGCUCUCUAAGAAUUACACAACACUUGAAAAUAUAAACACUACUACUGUUUCUCAAAACAAAACUGCCACAGACAACGUAACCACUGCACCCAUCAGGGAAACCCAACAGAACACCACGGCCCCUUAUAAAAACACAACAAUGUCUACCACUGUUAAACAUGUUAAUGGAACAACAACCACAAAAAACUCAACUGCGGACAAUGUGACGUCUGUUGUCGACAACACCACUAAACCUACAAUUGCUCCAUUGAUCAAUCUCAAUCAAACCGCAGGAAUCAGCUUUAACCUGAGCUCAACUGCAAGCAGUUUAACCACUGACUUCAACCUGACAACCAAAGGACCAGAAGUCAAUUUGACAACUACAGCAGCUAACUCUUCCCUUGAAGCUACAACUUCCACCACAACUACUACAACUGUGCAUGGUACACUUCCUGCCCAGAUUAACACCACUACAGCAAAGGUUACCUCAACUUCUUCAACAACAACUCUCCAAACCACCACGAUCACCAACACAACCACCACAAAACCUGGCACAGGAAGUACCUCCACAACCAUCGCAGAGACAACUACAAAUCAAACGGCCCGGGAAGAGCAAGCAAAUGAGCUGCUGAAUCAAACACAGGAUGCGUCUCAACUGAACUCCUUUCAGGUGGCACAGUUGGUAAGGAAGUUAGAGAAGCUUCUGGACGGCCCCACAGUCUCUCAGGCAGUGGGACAGAAGACGGUCAACAUAAUUAGCAACCUGAUGAAGGCCGACUCACUGGCUCUCUCUGCCUCUGCUAACAGGCUGGUUCACCUGGUAGAUGAUAUGGGUCUUAAGCUGGUUGUCACUGGUGACAGAGAGAUCCUCUCUUCAGGUUCUCUGGUUCUGGCAGUGAGGACAAUCGAUGGGACCAACUUUCCAACAACUUCUGUUGACAUUUUCAACACAGAUAAUGUCCAGCUCCGUGCCCUCAGUCAAUCCCGGUCCAAGAGGUCAGGGUCUGCUCUGGGGUCUGUAUUCUUGCCCUCCUCCCUCACCACCGGGCUCAGUCCUGAGCAGCAGAAGCAGGCCAACAGGGUCCAGUUCACCUUUUACACCAAAUCUGUCCUGUUCCAGGAUGCAUCAUUAGAUAACAAAACCCUUGUCAGUCCAGUCCUGGCCGCUAGUGUGACCAAUCUGUCAAUAAGCAACCUGAGUGAGAACAUUCAGUUUACCAUCCGAAACAUCAACCCUAUACAUGCAAACUAUGCAGCCUCCUGUGCAUUUUGGGACUUUACUCGGAAUGCUGGUGGAGGAGGCUGGGGCUCUGCAGGCUGCUUUGUUGUCAAUUCCACACAGGAAGAAACAACCUGCAGCUGCAACCAUCUCACAUCCUUUGCAAUUCUGCUGGAUUUGUCCAGAGAGGGAAUAAUUGACCGUAAACAGGCGCAAAUUCUUACUUUCAUCACCUACAUCGGCUGUGGAAUCUCUGCCAUUUUCCUCGCUCUCACCUUACUGACAUAUCUUUUAUUUGAAAAACUGCUGCGGGAUAUUCCUGCCAAGAUCCUGGUCCAGCUCUGCCUAUCCCUCCUCCUCCUCAACCUGGUCUUCUUGCUGGACGGCUGGCUGGCGCUCUACCCAGCAGUUGGGCUGUGCAUUAGCACCGCCUUCUUCCUGCACUACUUCCUGCUGACAUCGUUUACCUGGGCGGGGCUCGAAGCCCUGCACAUGUACCUGAGCAUCGUCCGGGUGUUCACUCCCUAUCUCAGCAGAUACAUGCUCAAGUUCUCGAUGAUAGGCUGGGGCCUUCCGCUUAUCGUAGUGAUCGUUGUAAUAUCAGUUGACAAAAACAACUAUGGUCUGGUCACAUAUGGAAAAUAUACAGAUGGCACUUCAGACGACUUCUGUUGGCUGCGUAAUGAUAUCGCCUUCUAUGUGGGCGUGGUGGCCUACUUCCUCCUGAUCUUUGCCCUGUGCCUGCUGGUCUUCAUCGUGGUUAUGGUCCAGCUGUCCCGGAUCAAGAAGCAGAACCCCCAGAACCAGCCUCCCAACAGGGGAGUGAUGACAGAUCUGCGCAGCAUCGCUGGCCUCAUCAUCCUGCUUGGCCUCACUUGGGGGUUCUCCCUGUUUGCCUGGGGACCCCUCUACUUACCCUUUGUUUACCUUUUCACCAUAUUCAACUCUCUGCAAGGAUUCCUUGUCUUUGUUUUCCACUGUGCUGUGAAGGAGAAUGUCCGCAGACAGUGGAGAACUUAUCUUUGCUGUGGGAGUCUGCGAUUGGCUGAGAACUCAGAUUGGAGUCGGACGGCCACCCAGAACAACAGAAAUAUGUCGGUUACCACAGCAACCAUCUCAGCUCCCCACUUCACCUCCCGAAGCUCCUCCGUCAUCAGCAAUGCCACCAAUAGCAGCGGCUCUGUGUUUUGGGACAGCGGAGUAUAUGACGGAUCCAACAGCGACGCUCACCUCAACGAGAUUCACAGACAAACUCUGUCACUGUAAGGCGAGGCCUGACAGCUGUGUCAAGCAUCCAUUUGUGGUUACAAUAAUUAUCUACUCUGAGAGAGCCGAGAGGACACGGCCAGAGAUUAGUGAUCUCCUGCAGCCCGAGUAAACAGAGAAAAUAAUCACAGGAGUGAAUGCUCACGAAAAUCCUCAGUGUUGCACAAGGUUUUAUUGGUGUAAUGAAGGACGGAAGAAGUGAGGCUGAAGUACCUUUAGCGAGGAUGAUUAUGAUUACUGCUUGAAUGCAAGUGUGACUUGAUGCCUUUUCUACAUUAACGGUAGAAUAUAUUAACACAGAAAUAAUGUAAGAGACUUUGUUAGCAGUGGGAAGUGUACAUUAGGUGUGUUUCUGACUAAAAAAAUGAAUUAUUUUACUGUUACAGCUGUGACUCUGUGUUUGUGCAGACUAUAGCUUGUUUCAAAGCUUUUAGAAUUAUUACUGUAAUCAAAUGUGAUGGUAACAGUGUUUUUUAUAUUAUGACAUGUUAAAGACAAAAAAAUUGCAUUUAAUUAGUAGCCAAAAACAAACCGCUGUCAACAUUUUAUAGAUUUUUGUGAGGCUAUUUUGCUGUCUUUUAGUAUAUUUCUUUUUUUUACACAGACAUAAAUGGGAAAAUGAAAAUAUUUCCAGUGUGUUUACAAUGCUCCACUGACUAUUGCCUCCAUAUAUUUUCACUAAGGAGUCCGAAUCCCAAAGCACUCCGGGCACUACCUUUAGUUGAGACAGGUUGGAUUGAAGGAAAAAAAAAAUUGCACACGCCAAAGCUCAACUGCUCAAUGUUAAUACAAAAUCGUUUUUUGUAUUCCUCCUUUAAUGUGAGAUAAUGCUUUAUUUCGCUACAGCACAGUGUUGAAGAUACUCAGAGUUGUUAGAGUGUUCUUAUAUUUGAGAUUAUUUUAUUGCGUAGCAUGAUUAAGAGUGAGGACACAUUGUGCUAAAUGUCCUAGUGCAAGAUUAGUGCAUGCCAUGAAAGAGGAGAUAAUAAAACUUCUAAUCAUUA